GCUAGUAGUACCCAUGGUCAUGAAAUUGUCUUAUCGCCAGAUGAUUAGAAAAUAUUUAGGUUAACUUCAUUCUAUCAGGAGGCACAAUCAUGAAGAUAACAGCACUGAUUGUUUUGACAUGCGCAAUGUGCACUUUUGCACAAACGCCGAAAACCACAGUGUCAGUCUCUACCGACCAUCUACUCAAUAUUUUAGACGCAAUGCACAAAUCUCAUACCUACAAUGCCCUGCCGUCAUCAGAGAGGGUACUUCUUGUAGAAUUAUUGGCUGCAGCAGAGGUUGACCAAAUCACACAUUUAAUUGACAGAGUUGGGUUCGCUAGAAUUGCUCAGUUUCUUGAUCAUGUAACAAAGAUAGAUCAAAGGGAGGCAAAACUUUUGGAACAUUAUCUGAUACAGGAAUUAAACCAAGAGACAGUUAUCGCAGUUAACAGCACCGUUCAUCAUUCAGAUGACAGUGUUGUUAUAAAGUUACGAGAUCUCCAGACACAAGUCAAUAAUCUUAUGCAGACACAUUUAUAUACUACUAUGAAUCAGCAGGACAAGCAAUUGAUUGUUGACUUAUUUGUUGCUGCUCAACAUCACAACGUCACAGAAUUUAUCCAUAAAAUUGGAUACAGUAAAGUCCUAGCUUUGGUAGAACAUAUAUCUUCUCCAAGAGACACACAUCAGUUUUUGAUCUACUUAGUUGAUCAUAUGGAAGCUGAGGCAUCUGGACAAAAGCCUGGAUUUGGAUAAGAAAACUUAGAUUUUUGAAAGCUGAAGACAAAAAAAG